UAUUAUUCGUAGUACCAAUGGUGUGCCCAGAAAUUAUAUAUUUUUAUAAAUAGAUUCAUUUAGAGAUUGCUAUUUGGAUCAUCUAGCCGAAACAUCCCUUGCUGCAAUCUAACACGACAACCCCUCAUCUCAUUGUCUACCUUUAUUCCACACCUUAGUAAAUAAAUGAGACUUCGUUCGAUAUAGAUCAUCAGUAUAACUGUUACGACUCAGAAGCUCAUUGAAAAAAAAACUUAGUAUGGCGUCGCUGAGUUCGAAAAAUAUUGAUCUGCAGGUUGAUCUCGGGUCGCGCCUAUCUCCGAGUGCUUCCGUCGUUCUUCCUGGCGAUGCGAACUUUGCCAAUCUCACGAGCCGAUGGAGAGAGUGGCGUGCCCCUACUAUCGCCGCCGUAGUCCAGGUGGCUACCGAAGAUGAUGUUCAACAGGUGGUACGGUUUGCCAACGAGUAUGACCUCCCUUUUAUCGCCCGGUCGGGAGGCCACGGCGCCACAGAAGCGAUGGCUUCUGCGAAAGAUGCUAUUCAGAUAGACUUUCGGAAGCUCAGCCAGGUCGAGCUAUCCGAAGACGGUAAGACAGCGAUAAUUGGUGGAGGAGCAACAGUCAAGGGGGUUGUUGAGGCACUCGGAAAACUAGGGAAGCAAGCAGUUACUGGAAUUUGCGAGUCCGUCGGAGUCUCAGCACCCAUUUUGGGAGGCGGCCAUGGCUGGCUUCAAGGUCAAUACGGUCUACCGGCCGAUCAAGUCAUUUCAGCUCGGCUCGUGCUUCCGAACGGCGAUGCCGUUACCGUAUCUGAAGAAUCUUACCCAGACCUUUUCUGGGCGAUCAAGGGCGCGGGUCAUAACUUUGGUCUGAUAACGGAAUGGAAGUAUCGCGUCUAUGAUAUCAAAAAUGCAAAAUGGUCUUAUGAGAUAUUUGUCUUCUCGGGCGACAAACUCGAAACUCUCUAUGAUCUCACCAAUGAAAUGAUUAAAACUCAACCACCCCAAGUUACUCAUUGGACCUAUAUCACCAAAGUCGCAGACAUUGAUCCUGAGCAUCCCAUUAUCUGGUACGCUAUAAUCUAUGACGGACCAGCCCCUGAAGCUCGCCAAUAUGCGAAACCUAUCCAUGCCAUUGAGGCAAUUAUGGUCAAUGCGGGUGAGGCAACGAUACCCGAGUUGGCGGUCCUCACCUUUCAAGAUGAGAACGGCCCUGGCUGUGCAAAGGGCCUGACGUCCCUCCGCUAUCCCAUAGGGCUGAAAUCGUACAACACGGCGUCCGUCAGGAAAGUUUACAAUGAGAUCGACGAGACUUUUCGAAAAGUCCCCGAGUUGGCAGGGUCCUUUUUCUUGCUUGAAGGUUAUUCAACCCAAGGUGUGCAGGCUAUCGAAGAAGCGAGCACCGCGUUCCCACACCGAAGUGACGAGGUCCUAGUGACGUCUUACGUACAGUACAAGCCCAACGAAUCUAUUGACGCGGCCGCACAAGGGUUCGGGAAGAAAUUGCGGAACUACUUACUGGAAGGGAGCGAUGAUCCGGACCACCUUCGGGCGUACGUGAACUAUGCAAACGGCGAUGAGUCUUUGCAGGAAGUCUAUGGUUGGGAGGAGUGGAGGCUGGAGAAGUUGAGAAAGCUGAAGCAGCUUUGGGACCCUGAAAAUAAGAUGUGUUAUUACGUCCCUAUUAUUUGAAAUGCGCAUGAUAAUAUAAUACUUCACGUCUAGGCCCUGUAGAGCGUCGAAUCCUAGAUUCUUAGACACACGAAUACAAGAUUUUGCUUGAAGGUAGAGGCACAAAACACAGGUGCAUAAUUAAAUAAGUCCCUAACGUAUUUCUCGCCUUAUUUGUA